GCGCGUCACCGACCGCGCGCGCUCCAUGUAUGGCACGCGCAUUCUGCAGGAGUGGCGCGUCUUUGUAGGCUGUGCGACAUAUUCUAAACAUAGACAAUUCACCUCAAAGAGCAGUUAUACCAUCGCUUUAUCUGACAUAAGCACGGACAGAUUGCUUUAAGCACGAUAGUGAAGCAAAACAAAGCAGCUGCUAUGGAUCCCGAGCGCGCAUCAGUGCCCGUGAGAACGGUAAACACGCGCGGGCGUGACCCAAUGUGUUUUCAAUAGGGAAAAUACGCGACCGUGGCAGAAGAAUGGGCUACUCAGAUCCCACAGCUAGUAGGGAUCUGCUAGGAAACAGAUCCCUGUGUUUUAUUUUCAUAUGCGCGUUCGGACUGGUCACCUUAUUGCAGCAAAUCCUCUAUGGCAAGAACUACAUCAAAAGUGGGCAACAGUUUUCCCGCCUCAAAGGAGAGGAGGUGGGCAACUGGAGCGGGCUCAUUAGUUACCCCGAUGAUGGAGGGAUGAAGCCGGCCAGAAAUGGGAGGAAAAGAUGUGUCCGUCAGAAUUUUCAGCAGUCUGAGGCUCAGAACUCCGUAGUUAUCACGCCCUGCCUAGCUGAAAUUCAGAAGAAAAAAAAAGAAAAGAAAAGGUAUCUGGAGCGCAUCGACGGCUCCUUGCAGUUCAACUCCUCCUCCUGCAAGGAACUACGGCAAGACAUCACAGAUGUCAAAGUAUUGACCAUGGUGAAGACUUCCGAGCUGUUUGAGCGAUGGAGGAAUCUGCAGGUGUGUAAGUGGGAUCAAAAUAAGGAGGAGACGGAUAAUUUCAAGAUGUCUCUGUCCCGCUGCUGCAAUGCCCCCUCCUUCCUGUUUACCACCAAGAGAAACACUCCCUCCGGCACCAAACUGCGCUAUGAAGUGGACACCAGCGGGAUCCUGCACAUCAGCCCGGAGAUCUUCAAGAUGUUCCCUGAUGACAUGCCGUUUUCCAAAUCCCAGUUCAAGAAGUGUGCCGUCAUCGGGAACGGAGGCAUCAUUAAGAACAGCAAGUGCGGACGAGAGAUUGACGCUUCUGACUUUGUCUUCCGAUGUAAUAUUCCUCCAGUAUCCGAUUUGUACAGUCAAGAUGUGGGAUCUAAGACUGAUCUUGUAACAAUAAAUCCCAGCAUAAUAACUGAGAGGUUUCAAAAGCUGGAGAAAUGGAGGAAGCCAUUUUACGAGGUCCUGCAGAAUUACGAGAACUCCUCUGUGGUUUUGCCGGCGUUUUACAACACGCGCAACACAGACGUGUCGUUCCGCGUGAAAUACAUGCUGGAUGACUUUGAGUCAUCACGCGGCGUCUUCUUCUUCCACCCGCAGUACCUGCUGAACGUGCAGCGAUUCUGGGCUGUGCAGGGCGUCCGCGCCAAACGCCUGAGCAGCGGCCUGAUGCUGGUCACCGCUGCCAUGGAGCUCUGCGAAGAAGUGCAUCUCUACGGCUUCUGGGCGUUUCCCAUGAACCCCUCCGGCAUCUUCAUAACACACCAUUAUUACGACAACGUCAAGCCGCGGCCAGGGUUCCACGCCAUGCCCUACGAGAUCUUCAACUUCAUGCACAUGCACGCUCGCGGCAUCGUGCACGUGCAUACGGGCCCCUGCAGGUGAAAUGGCCUUUGUGCAAUCCAAUUGGUCCAUUUUUCGUGGAGCUCCGCCCAUUUGCAGGCGCUAUGGAACUCAGACUUCAUGCGUGCGCUAGUCGCAGGUGCUUUAUUACUGCGUGUUUUUACAAUAACGUCUCGGGACGGCAAAUGCUACGUGUUUCCUGUUUGGUGAUUUCCUGUGGUGUCGUGUUUGUGUGUCUGAGCAGAUAUCACAUUUCUAAAUGCUAGGGUGGGACAGCAGCAAAUGAGGACGUUUUAUAGCUACACUUUGUAUUUCGGCAGAGUAGCCCCGCCCUUGGUGGAAUCUCAUUGGUCUAAAGCAGUGUUUCUCAACCAUGUUCCUGGAAGACCACCAACACUGCAUGUUUUGGAUGUCUACUUUGUCUGUCACACCCAUCACCGGUCUUUCAGUCUCUGCUAAUGAGCUGAUGAUCUGAAUCAGGUGUGUUUAGUUAAGGAGACAUGGGAAAUGUGCAGAGGUGGUGAUCCUCCAGAAACGUGGUUGAGAAACACUGCUGUAAAGUCUAGUACACUUAAAGGGAUAAUUCACCCAACAAUCCUUUACUUGUUUCAAUACCUUCAUGAGUUUUAAGAUAUUUUGAAGAAUGCUGAAAACCGGUAACCAUCGACUUCCAUAUAAUAUUUGUAGUAUUUCCUACUAUGCACUGUAAAAAAUCCUGCUGCAUUCAAUUUUUGAGUUGAAUUGAAUGAACUUUUUUAGUCUUCUCAAUCAAACUGGCUAAAAAAUAUUAAGUUAAACAUUGUAUAACUUUAAAAAAACAGUUAAACCCUGAUUAACUUAUUGAAAUAAGGCAACAUAAAAAUAUUUGUUGUCUGGACUUUGUCACAAUCACCAGUGAUCUAGUCCACACAGAUCACUUGAGAACUACAAAUCUGCCCGCAAAAGAACUACAGAUCCCAUCUUACCUGUUCACACACACCAGUUGCAGUUCACCCGCUAAUUGCGCACACACAGGUGGAAACUGAUCAAGAACUCGGUUUCCCCCACAAUCCAAAGUCAUGUGGUACAGUUGAAUUAAAUAAGCUAAAUCGGCCGUAGUAUAUGUGAGUGUGCAAGAGUGCGUGGGGGUUUCCCAGUGUUGGGUUGCAGCUGGAAGGGCAACCGCUGCGUAAAACACAUGCUGGAUAAGUUGGCGGUUCAUUCCGCUGUGGCGACCCCUGAUUAAUAAAGGGACUAAGCCAAAAUGAAUGAAUGAAUCUACAUUUUGGAGAAAUUGAAUUUAUGCAAAAGAAAAUAAAAGCAAAUUUAAAAUAUUUAAAGACUUUCGAUAUACUGUUUAAAGGUUUUCAGCAUUCUUCAAAGUAUCUUCUUUUGUGUUCAACAGAAAAAAAAGAAACUCAUUAAGGUUUAAAACCUCUGGAGAGAGUAAGUUAAUAGUAAGCAAAUUUAGAUUUUUGGGUGAACUAACCCUUUAAUGGAUUGCAUUAGUGCCUGCCCACUUUUUCUAAGUAUUUUAUUUCAUUUUAUCAUUUUAAAGAGUCUUUGCUAUAGGCAGUCUAAGCCAUAAACCAAACCAAGCAGCUACACAACAUUACCAAAUUUAAUUAGAAUCAUUCAUUUAAUUAUCAGUAGAUGGAAAUCAGACAAAGGUGCAAAACUGUGAAUUUAAGAGCUACAAUCCCACGGAGCAUUCCCAAUGGUGCACCCAAAUUAAGCAUGACGGAGAAAUGAAUAACGUAUGCAUCGUGGUCUUAAGUGGGCGGAGCUAAAGGUCUCGGCAUGCUUUGCUGGAACUCUCUGAUUGGUGAGUUUUUCUGUACAGCAUCGGUAAUGUAGACUUUCUGCACGAAAUCCACUAUUAAACAUGAUUGUUUUUUAAAAAUACAUUAAUGCAUUUCCACCAAACGAAAUACGACUGAUUAAAAACAGAAUCGUGCUCUAUUGUAUAAUAAACAUCAAGUAUAUUCAAACAGGCUUUGAUUGUGUUGCAUUUGGUUAAGACACAUUACGAGCCUCUUUUUAACAGUCCUAAGGUGUUUUAAUGUUCAUCAAUAACCACAUCAGUGCAUUAAAGUAGACUCUUUCAGUUCUAAUGGUAAAUAUAUGGUAUACAACGGCUUGUAUACGUUUUAAUGCUCUGUAUGAUUAAUUACAAGGGAUGUGAAACUUUGUGUAAUCAAAUACAACACAAUUGUUUAUGUUGAGAAAUGUUUUUACAGUCUUUUUCUGUCUCACACACAUGCAAUCUGUGAGGUUUUAGUGUGUUUAAAUAAACUGAUCAUGUUUGUAAUGCUGAUCUUUAUA